UAACUUGCUUUGGGUAAUAUAGUGGUGUAUAAAGGCUGGAGCAUUUGAAAUAAGAUUCAUACCAAUGCUUAGGUGGGCAAAGAAGAGAAACUUUCAUCGAGAUAAAGCUAUAGUGUGAGAAGAGUUAUAGCAGAAAAAAAUGGAAGCUGCAGAAAAUGGUGGUGCUGGGCUUGGUGAUACAUAUUUGGUACAAGAUGGGCCUUAUAUAGUCCACACAGAUCAUGGUACAGGUACUGAUGGAGAAGAUGGGCUUGGUAUUGCAGAUGUUGAUCAGGGAGAUAAUGGAAAGGAUAGUGAACCUUUGAGAGAACAGUAUCACAGAAACCUUGGAAGUGAUCGGAUCAUACAGGAUCGUUUUCUACCUAUUGCUAAUGUAGCAAGAAUAAUGAAAAAUGCAAUUCCAAAAUCAGGCAAGAUUGCUAAGGAUGCCAAAGAAUGUGUACAAGAAUGUGUGUCUGAAUUUGUGAGUUUUAUAACCAGUGAAGCAAGUGACAGGUGUCAUCAAGAAAAGAGGAAGACUAUAAAUGGAGAAGAUAUUCUAUUUGCUAUGUCCACUUUAGGGUUUGACAACUAUGUUGAACCACUGAAAUUGUACUUACAAAAAUAUAGAGAGUCAAUGAAAGGAGACAAAAAUGUGUCUGUUGGACAAGCUACAGAUUCCUCUCUAGAUGAACUUGGAGAAGAAAAUUUUUCUGCACAAACCCUGACAGCCAGUAUACUUGGAACUGAGCAAAAUGGUCAACAUAGUGUUGUAUAUGCCACAACUUUUCCAGCUCAGGUACACCAACAGAUACAGUUUGGAUGAUAAAGCAAUAAAGUGUUGUUAUUCUUAUAACAAGAGUUAUCAGAUUAUUACAUCAACCCAGUUUUGUGGAUUUUAUAAACUCUUCUCUCUAAUCAUUGACAUAUUAUCUGGAGUCGACUGUAAAAAAAAUAAAUCAUCCUUCAUUAUAUACUCCUGCAAAGGACAUUUGAGUAGUGAGUUGAUGAGAAAUUUUCAAACAAGUAAAUUUCGUUCAUAUUAAAUUAUGAUAUAUAAUACAAUGUUCUAUAAAAUACACAGUGUUUUCUUUUGUAUUUUAUAUUUAUUGUCUGAUCUGCCAUAAAUUUUGUUAUCUGUGAAUUUUAAAAACUGAUUUGUAUAAGAGUUUGUGGUUUGUAAAAUUUAAAUUUAAUUACUGUAUAGAUGUGUAUAUCAUACAUUUAUAAUUUUGAAAUGCAAUUUUUAGUGUAGUAAUGCCAUAUAUCAUGAUUUCAUGUUCAGCAACCAUUGAGCUUUUAGCUACUGUAGCAAACUGACAAAUGUAUAGAAUUGUUUCUGAUAUAUAAAGUUACAUGUCCAUAGAAACAAAAAGAUUGUAUAGUUACAACUCAUAUAUAAGAAGUUGAUAAAAUAAAUUAACUUUUGUGUCUUUUUGUUUUUUAGAAAUGUUAAACUGUUUUCAAAUAUUUUGUGAGAUGAGGAUUGUGAGUGAUCUUAAAUUAGCACAUUGAUAAUUUAAAAGAACUAAGCUAAAGCGAUACUUUGAGAAUUUUUAUGCUGAGUAGAUUAAUCUAAUAAAGAUAGGGAAAAGUGAACAAGCUUCAAAGAAUGAUCGGAUGUCACUACUCUGCUCUGUAGAGAUGAGGCACUUGCUUGGUUAUAUUUGAUUAAAAGGAAUAAAAUGUUUAAUUAUCAAUAACAGUGUAUUUAAGAAAUAAAAGACAGUAACAGUGUAUGACAUUCUAAAUAUUAAUUUUGAAAGUUUUAUAAAUGAGGAAAUUGUGAGAAUAGGUUAUCUAAGCUUUAGGUUCUGAGAUAUUGGAUGAGAUUCACUAGCAAUGGAUUCGUGAUGGGGAAACGAAGUCUAAUAAUGAAGAUGAAGAUGGUUGAUAAAACACAAAACAUUUUGAAAUAUGCUCAUUCCAUCUUCAGUGAAAUCUGAAAAUUGUGUUAUGAAGAUGAUUAUUAAUUAAAACUAUAAUAUAAUAAUCACUAGUUUAUUUAGUUUUUAAGAGAAGUGGUAAAUGGAAGGAUAAAACAAAAAGUGAAGGAUUAUAGAAAUAUUGCACAACAGUUGGGUUGAAGUGUGAAAAUGUAGAACAAUUUUAGAUCUAAAGAGCUGUGGGAGUUGUUAAGAGUUGGACAGUCUUUAGCUAUGAGUAAGCUUUCUUUAAUGUAGAGUUCAAGGUCUGAAAAUCCUGUGGUAAUGACAGAGAAAUCGUUAAAUGAAAUAUUGUGACCCGUGGUUUCAGAAUGUGAACGAAUGGAUGAGUGUCUGGGUUUAAGUAGUGGAAGGUCGGUUCUGUUAGAUACUCCUAAAUAUUCACAGACUCUAGUUUUUAAAUGGCAUUUCGUUUUACCAAUGUACGUGACCUUAAAGUCACUACACGUACAUUUAGAAACAAGCCAUGAACGUAGAAGUUUAGGUACUUGAUCUUUGUACUGAAAUAAGUGUUUAAUGCGGAGACUAGGUCUGUAUAUUAUUCUAAGCUGAAUUUGAGGGUAGAAGUUUUUUAUUAGAGAGGAGAGUUUUUUUAAUUUGUAGGAAUUGUGAACCCAUAAAAGGAAGGGAGAUAAUGAGGGGAAAUUUGGGGAUGGUGUGGACAUUGGCUGGUGGUUGGAAUUUGUUGUUUAAGAAAUUGUGUAAUCUUUUUUUUUUUUUUAGAAAAUCAGCCAUAUAGCCGUUAUUUAACAUGUGUUUGUGUAGAAAGGUAAUUUCUUCGUGUAAAGUAGAAUAAUUUGGACAUAGAUCAAAAAUUCUGUUUAACAAUGACAUGACCAGAUUACGUUUGAAGAAGUUGUGGAUUGAACUAUUAAUAUUAGUGUAAAUGCCAGUAAAAAGUUCUUUUAUGAUAAACAGAGGUAGAAAAGUGUUUACCUACUUUGGUAAUCCUGACAUCUAAGAAAGGUAAAGAAUCAUUUUCCUUGAGUUUGAAUGUGAACUUGAUAUUGUGGUAUUGGGAAUUAAGGUAAGAAAGGAACUCAGAAACGUGACUCGAUUAUUGAAACACCAAGAAAGUGUUAUCAAUAUAGUGUUUGUAAAGGACAGGUUUGAAUUCACAUGGGCAGCAUUCUAGCCACUUACAUUUAUGAUAGCAUAGAAAACUAUUGGCUAUCAUUGAACACAGUGGGGAUUUUAUGGCGAUUCCAUCUACCUGGUCAUAAAAGACCUCGUUAGAGAGGAAAUGAUUUAACUUUGUGGAGAGGACAAGAAGUUCCAAUAAUUGUUAAUGGGUGAAACCAAGAUACAACUCAGUGUCAGUAGGAAAGAGAAGGUUCACGAUUAAAUUUAAAGUUUCAUUAAGAAGAUAUUCACUAUUUUUUAGAAUAUAAUGUUUUUAUUUAUACCAAAUGUGAACCACUUUGACAUUUCAAUAAUAUUUAGUCAUGAGAAAGUAAUAAAUAAAUAAGUCCUUUUAUCUUAAAAUGGUUUUAAAAUUUGUUACAUUGUUAAAUAUUUGAGGGUAGAUUUUUAGCAAACCAUGAAAAUAUAUCAUUUUGUUAUGAUUUACUCUUAAUAUGUUUGGUAAUUUAGAAAAUGUGAAACUGGUCGUAUAGUUUUAUAAUGUGUGAAGACAUUAAUACCAAACUUUAAUAGGUUUCUUGAUAGUUUUGAAUAUGACAAAAUUGGUUUUAUGUACUACUAAUAUUAUUAUAAAUGCAUUUCUUCAUUGAUUUAAUUAAGAGAAUGGAAAAACAGAUGUACUAUGUUAAGAACAGCAUUGUAAGCAUUUGUUGAUAGAUCCCCAAUAGGGUAUGUUUACUGCAUUUAGUAUAUUUAUUAUAGGAAGUAGUUUGUAUAUCUUUACCUUAAAUUGUAAAGUUGAUAUUUGCUUUGCUAAAGUAACUUGAACCUUUGGAGAUCAGAGUGAUGUAAUGAACAGAAUAUUUUUAAUCCUAUAUGGACACAUUUCCAAUAGCUAAAGGUCUUAUAAAAAAAGGUUUCUUUAUAAACAUUUAUUCUUAAACCAAAGGACAUUAAUGUUGCAUCUGUGGUAAGUUGUUAUGUAUUAGCAUUAUUCAGUUCUGUUCUGUUGUAUUUUUUUGGGCAUUGAAUAUGAAAAAUAACAUUAAAAUCUGUAUAUCCUGAUAUGAUACUGAAAGCAUUUCCUCUCCUAGGUAUAUAAAUUUAUCACUUCAUGACUAAAUAAAUAAUUGGCUUGGAAAACCUUCCAAAUGAUUGAACAAAUAAGAUGAAGUCAUGUCAUGCAGUAUGAUCUAAAGAAAUAAACAAUAACAUUUUCAUUUUGUUCUCUUCGUAAAGAGUAUUUUCUA